AUCAUCAAAAAAUAUUUGUAAAGCGUCGGGCACGCCCCUCUGUUUUGUUUUGUAGUUUUGUGCCGCAAAUUAACGAUACAUUUAACAAUUCAGGCUCGUUUUACAAAAUUUACGCCAAGAAAACCUAUAUCAACUCGACCUUAAACUUCACUUUUUGGAAGAUGUCAAAGAAGUCAAACGCGUAUGAAGUCAAGGACGACGGCCCUGGAUACGUCGGCAUCAUCUUUUGUCCAGAAUGCAACAACAUGUUGUACCCGAGAGAAGACAAAGAGAACAAAAUCUUACUCUAUGCGUGUCGAAACUGUGACUACAAACAAAUUGCGUCCAGAAGUUGCAUUUACGUCAACAAGCUGACACACGACGUUGAUGAAAUCAAGCUGAUCAACUCAGACGUCCUUUCGGACCCAACCCUGCCGCAAACCGAGGAGCACCCAUGCCCGAAAUGCUCUCAGGCGGAGGCUGUUUUCUUCCAGUCUCAAUCCAGGAGGGCUGAGGACGAAAUGAGACUUUACUACGUCUGCAAGAACAGAAAGUGUCUCAAUCGAUGGACUGAAUGAGCAACUCAAUUUUUCCAACUCAACAUGCAUUUAUCUUCAAGUACACUGAAAUACACUAUACAUAAUUUAUAGGAUUAUUCAUGAUUAAUAAGACAACAUGUAAUUGAUCUUAAAGUUCUCUUUAAUAUCUUGACAAUUUCAAAGCUCACACAUUAAAAGGUUGAUUGAUUGUUAAUGAACAUUUUUUUAUCUAUAAUAAUUAAAUUUGCUUCAACUAGAAAAUGAACACUUUUUUUAGUAUAAAAUCUACUCUGGAAUGCAUAAAAAGUAGACACAAAAGCAUGUGCGUAGGUUGUUCUCCAUUCUUUCAAAACUGCUCUGAACACUGGCAGUAAUAAUCAUGGUGGUAACAUGUGUGCCAUGAUACGGACUUUUGUACUAAUAACUUAUUGCCCACGUAUUUUUUACUGAAAAACUUUAAAAAGUUUGAACUACUGCAUAAAAAGGAUGUGAAUUCUUUAAAAUUAUAUAAUUAUUAUUGAGCCAUGAAUGGACUUUACGUGACUGUAUUAAAAAAUGGCACCAGCGACUCACU